ACAUGGUUCUAAUGUCAGGCCACAGUGCCAACCAGAGACUUCCUGAGCGGCCUGAUCAUCACAUCCAGGGUGGGUACAACGUUCACGGGAACAUAUGAUUUAUUACCAGACCUUUGCUCUGUUGUUUCCCAUCGCAGGUGAAUCCAGCGUUUGGCUUGGUCAUUGUUCAGUUCCACCAACGACUAAAGGCUACAACAUGUUCGGGACUUCCCUGAUCGUAUGUUUCUCUCUGCUGCUGCAUGGAGUAGCAGCAAAGCCGUAUAAACCCUUGAAUGAACUAUCAAUCCAAGACACAAUCAUGGCCGAGGGCGGGGAGGAGCAGCACUGGGACCUCCAGGUGGCGCCCCCGGAUAGCCUGGACAUGACCAGCUACGACAUCGACCCCAGCAUGAAGAUCUGGAAGAGGGUGGACCAAUCGGGACCCGACGGAGAGUACCAGAUGGCUGAAGGGGACCAGGCUGAGCUCCACCACCCCUCCAUGGUGGAGGUGGUCCCCCUGGACCAGGCUGAGCUCCACCACCCCUCCAUGGUGGAGGUGGUCCCCCUGGACCAGGCUGAGCUCCACCACCCCUCCAUGGUGGAGGUGGUCCCCCUGGACCAGGCUGAGCUCCACCCCCCAUCCAUGGUAGAGGAGCUCCCCAUGAACCAGGCUGAGAUCUACCCCCCCUCCAUGGUGGCGGCGGUCCCUGUAAACCAGGACGUCUCCGACCCCGACGUGCUGGACACGGUCGAGUGGGACGUCCCGGGUCAAGACGAAGAAGAAGAGCAGUAUGAAGCCAUGCGAGCAUACCUCGCCCCGCUCUCCGGCGACAUCGCAGGGCGCCGCCUGGACCCCGAGGAGGACAUGGACCAUGCCGACGGCUGGACGCCGGUGGACGUGAUGACAGGAAGUGACGUCAUGAGUCCACCGGGCGCCCGGCUGCACUCGGAGCCAGAGGAGGACUUUGACGACCUCUACCACGCCGACCAGCCCGAGGUCGUAGAGGUGGAGGUCCAGCCCCCGGCAGGAAGUGACAUCAGGGAGCAGACAGCGGUCCGCUUGCACCUGGAGCCAGAGGAGGACCUGGACGACCUGUACCACCAGGACCAGAUCGUACGGGAGGAACAGUAACCGGGGCUCACCCGGGACCCGCACGUCGACCGCCGUGUGGCCGACGACGAUGGUCUGUGAAGACCAGUGAUCCCUGUGUUGUGAUUGGCUGAUUGUUAUGUGAUGUCAUCAGCGGCCACUCCCAACUGCACCUGAUUUAUCCGGCGUCACGUUCCGGUUGACGAUUCCUUCAGUUUGACAAUCGUCUGCGACAAUAAAGACCUUUUAAAUUGCA